AUGUUGAAGGUAGUUUCGAAGCCCCUUUAUAGGAGUGCAAGACUAACUCAUGGUUCAUCUUUGAUUAAUUCGUGGGGCCAAGGGAGAAGUUUUGCAAGUAAAGAGAGGGAAGUCGACAAGAAGUUGGAAUCUCCGGAGGAACAAGCAAAGAACUCUAAGUUGACGUCAAAACCAAUUGACCUUUCGAAUAAUGCACCAGUAAAAGCGAAAGGAAAGCGUUCGUUGCUGUCGGAAUCGAAAUAUGAAUCUAAGAGUUAUCAAUUACCUAAGUGGAAAGAAGCUUUAGGUGAAGUUGUCAUUCGUGGGUUCGGGCUAGAUAUGGAUAAAAUAAGAGCUGGUCCCAUUGCUGGGUCCUUUUACUACGCACAGUGCAAGGAACAAGGUCUGCAGUUUGAAAAUGAGGAACUCUCGAAGACUGCAAAAUUUUUUUAUGAGGAUCUUAAACUUCCGCGCACGUUCUCACAAUGGUUUCAAAUCACUAUUCUUCACGAAUGGAUCUUGUUUGUUCGAAUGCGCGCCAUGCCGUUUAAGUACGGCAAAAAUUAUCAGCAGAAGCUCGUGGAUCGCACGUUUGCUGAUAUAGAGCUUAGAUUGUUCGAAGAGAUGAACGUCAAUUCGGGAAGAAUUGCUGAUCAGUAUCUCAAGGAUUUCAACUCGCAAUUGCGUGGUGCUGUCUUUGCUUAUGAUGAGGGUUUUUACACCGAUGAUGCUACUUUAGCGGCUGCUAUCUGGAGAAACUUGUUUGGCGGGCGUAAGAACGUCGAUCUGGUUCAUUUGGAAGCAAUGGUGAAAUAUGUGCGUGCCCAAUUAUACGUGCUGAGUAAGAUGUCGGAUAGAGAGUUCGCUUUGGGAAAAUUUAGGUUUGUUCCUCCAAAUGAAGUUGUUGUGAAAUUAACACAUGCGCAAGAGACUGCAAUGAAGGAAGAAGCGAUCAAGAGAUAUGAGGCGAUAGAUGCUGAUCCCAAUUUAUUACCAAGCGACAAGAGUAAUCUCUCCUACAAAAAUUAA